GUGGAUGGAAGAUUGGCUUAUAUAAAAAUUGUAUUAGGUUAAUCGUACAGCACGAAACGUAUCAAAAUAAUUCGUCAAAAUGGUACUUAUUGCCGCAGCGGUCUGCACUAAAGCAGGCAAAACUAUUAUUUCUCGUCAGUUUGUUGAAAUGACAAAAGCCAGAAUAGAAGGUUUACUUGCUGCGUUUCCAAAGUUAAUGAGUACCGGUAAACAGCAUACAUUUGUAGAAACAGAAUCUGUAAGAUAUGUGUAUCAACCACUGGAGAAAGUAUAUAUGUUAUUAAUCACUACAAAAGCUAGCAACAUAUUAGAAGAUCUAGAAACAUUGAGACUCUUUGCAAGAGUUAUUCCAGAAUAUUGUAGUUCAAUAGACGAACUAGAAAUAGCUGAAAAUGCAUUCAAUUUAAUAUUUGCGUUCGAUGAAAUAGUUGCACUGGGAUAUAGAGAAAGCGUUAACUUGGCGCAGAUCAGAACAUUUGUAGAAAUGGAUUCGCACGAAGAAAAGGUCUAUCAAGCAGUGAGAAUGACACAAGAGCGAGAAGCGAGAAACAAAAUGCGUGAGAAAGCAAAGGAAUUACAGAGGCAACGAAUGGAAGCAAAUAAAAAGACUGGUCUUAAGAAUCCUGGCUUCGGUAAUUCAUAUGGAAGCAGUGGUAACUUCACACCAACUGCUGCUGUUGGAGAUACAGCUACCUUUAUACCAGAUCCAAUUCGAUCUUCGUAUACACCAACACAGAAACCUGUUAAUGCUGGGCCAGGUGCAAUGAAAUUAGGAGGAAAAUCUCGUGACGUUGAUUCAUUCGUUGAUCAGUUGAAAGAAGAAGGAGAGAAUGUCGUGACAACACCUUUGUCUGCAUCGGGUGCAAAACCAUCAGUUGCACCACAGAUAAUCAAUACAGAAACGGUUCACUUGCGUCAGGAAGAACGACUUAAUGUACGAAUUAGCCGAGAUGGUGGCUUGCAGCACUUUGAGCUACAUGGUCUGGUGACACUACAUGUCACAGACGAGAAGUGGGGACGAAUUCGUGUACAAUUAGAAAACAGAGACGCGAGAGGAAUACAAUUACAAACACAUCCUAAUGUAGAUAAGGAAUUGUUUAGAUCUCGUGGUCAGAUAGGCCUGAAAAUUCCUACCAAACCAUUCCCAUUGAAUACUGAUGUUGGAGUAUUGAAGUGGCGCUUGCAAGCUCAGGAUGAAACAGCGUUACCCAUUUCAAUAAACUGCUGGCCUUCUGAAAACGGAGAAGGUGGAUGCGAUGUCAACAUAGAAUACGAGUUAGAACAAGCUAACCUUGAACUAAACGAUGUUCAAAUAAACAUUCCAUUGCCGAUUGGCUGCAAUCCCAUAGUAAGUGAAUGCGAUGGGCAAUAUACACACGAAGCGCGACGAAAUACGCUUGUAUGGUCUCUACCAAUAAUAGAUGCCACAGCAAAAUCUGGUUCGAUGGAGUUCUCAGCACCAUCUUCUACUCCAGAUGAAUUUUUUCCUCUUCACGUCUCAUUUUCGUCAAAGACGUCGUACGUCAAUAUUAAGGUGAGCGAAGUGUUGCUUGUGGAAGAUGAAAGUCCUGUGAAGUAUUCAGUAGAAACAGUUUUCUUUACUGAUAACUAUGAAGUGGUAUAAGUAUGCCGAGAAUAACUUAAUUAUUUGUGUUAAAUGUAUACAAGGAUACUAAACCAGGCACAGUCCAU